AUGGGGUCGUUAAUAAGUUUGUUGUCAAAUGUUAUGUAUUUAUCCGAAAAGUUAACAAUGUAUUUGGCGUGUACAGGAUUAGUAACUUGUUUGGUGAUCACGUUUAUUGUUAGUUUGGGAAUGGGCGUCGGUCUCGGAUACAAUUACUGCUUCGUGGAUCUGAAGACCAAAGUCAAAUAUGUUCCAAGUCAUUAUCAAUACAAAGGAAGUGCUCGGUAUCCUUACGUAAGAGAAGGAGCACCAGAUCCCCUGACACAAACCAGAGACGAAGCAGAAGAAGAUAGUUUAAGAUAUCGGAUAGCACCACCAGAAGAAGAAGACAUAGAGAGCACAACUUUUCUUAACAUGUUGAUGGUACAGCUUGGCAAUAAUGCGACUCCAUUUUUUGUAUAUAAAACGUCGACACCUGUUGAUAACGAUGAUGACGACUUCACAGUUACUCCGUCAAAUACAACUUCCAUUGCUAACGCCUCACGCGAGAGUGCUGAGGAUUAUAGUGAGACUACUGUUUCUAGUUUAGAAGACAAUAUUAACGAACUUGACGAGCCUACCCCAGAGGCUCCGAUUAAUAGUAAUAAUUCUAACAUUAAGAGAGUAAAGAAACUUGUCAUACCAGUCAAUAGUUUAGACUUGAUUAAUCUUCUAUCCAAACUAAAAGCCGAAAACAAAAACUAUUCACUCGAGAUUGUUACAACCUGA